CCACCACCACCACCACCACCACCACCACCACCAUCCGGCGAGGGGAGAGGAGAGGCGGGAGCGAGGCGAGCAACCUCCAACCGGCGGCAAGGAUGCAGAUCUUCGUGAAGACGCUCACGGGGAAGACCGUCACGCUGGAGGUGGAGACCUCGGACACCAUCGACAACGUCAAGGCCAAGAUCCACGACAAGGAAGGUAUCCUGCCGGACCAGCAGCGCCUCAUGUUCGCGGGGAAGCAGCUCGGCGACGACCGCACCCUGGCCGACUACAACGUCCAGAAGGAGUCCACGCUUCACCUCGUGCUGGGCCUCGCCGGCGGGGACAAGGGCUCCUGCUACCCGCCCAAGAUGGAGCCGAACCUGCUCGAGCUCGCGCUCAAGUACAGGCAGCACAGGCUUGUGUGCCGCAAGUGCUAUGCACGCCUGCCCCUCAGGUCUACCAACUGCCGCAAGAAGAAGUGUGGCCACACCAAUGACAUCAGGGCCAAGGAGAAGCUGCGCUACCACGACUGAAGCAUUGGAAACUUGACCCUAAGAGAGACAUGCCAUAGCUGGAUUAACUGGGAGUUCAAAGUUUGGUUUGAGUCUUAGUUUCUUGGAUAUGAAGUUUCAUCCUAGUUAAAUGUUGCUUCUGGAAUCUAUCUAGAACGCCUACCUAGUUGCUCAUGUAUUGUUUCUGUUGUAGUAAUGCGCAAUCUGCUCUUGCAUGAAUGAUGAAUUCAAGUAAUUGAGGUCUACUAGCUUGAAUGGAUGAUUUGAAUGGAUGAUUGAAGUGAAGUAGUGCUUCUUA